UGUCAUUAUUACUUGUCACUUUUUAUUUUACACUGUGACUUCAACAAUGGCAGAUCCGCGCAUCAGGCAAAUAAAAAUUAAAACCGGCGUCGUUAAACGUAUCGCUAAGGAAAAAGUCGUAUACGAAAAAGAGGUAGAACAACAGAAAAAUAGAAUACAAAAAAUAAAAGACGAAGGACAGGACGAACACAACAUAAGGAAGCAGGAGGAGGUUCUUCAGGAGUCGCUUAUGAUGGUCCCUGAUUGCCAGCGGCGACUGGCGAAGGCUUUUGCAGACCUUAAAAAUACUCUAGAAAGUGAACAAGACUUAAAGGAACACGAGGAUUAUAUUGCAGCCGAGCAAGUAUUAAAAGACGCUGAGUCCCAGCUGCCAGAGUUAACAUAAACUCUUAAUAAUUAAUUUUUAAUAUUUAGUUUUAUACAUUUAAAGUAAUCAUGUCCCAAAACCCCAGCUAUUUUAAUAAUUUUCGAUGCAACUUUACAUUCCAAAGUCAUAUGCCUCUUCGUUAUCCUUUUCCACCCCCUACUCAUAUGCCACCUCCUGAAAUAUCAGAUAAAGAAUUUAUAAGAAAAUUUCAAGAUGCCAUGCCUCCAGCAAAACCAAAGCCAAAGGUGAAUAAAACGAAAAUAUGGAAAAUGAAGGCUGAUGUAAUCCGCCUUCUUGGAGCUCUCCAUGACAUCAAACUUCAAGAAGAAACAUUGUCGACAAAUCAUAGUUUGUCAGAUGAGGAGUGGCAGUCUGCUCUUCAAAAUAUAAAUGUCAAUAAAAAAGUUCUCAAAGAUACAAUCAUAAAAAUAUCCAAGUCUGGUUUAAAUAUUAGCAAGAAACUCGUCUGCAAGAGAAGGGCUAAAAGAUUGCGUUUGAAACGUAAGAAGGAAGAGAUGAAAGAAGAACGGAAGGAAUGGAUCAGACAGAAUAAAGAGAA